GUUCAAAAUGGCUGGUGGAGGAUUCGCCAUUGAUGCACCUUCCAAUGGCUUUGAUGGAAAGAUAACACUCUCAGUUUUCAUUACUUGUAUCGUUGCUGCAUCCAGUGGACUCAUUUUUGGAUAUGAUGUUGGGAUUUCAGGAGGUGUGACAACAAUGGUACCAUUUCUCAAAAAGUUCUUCCCAGACAUUCUGAAAAAUGCAGCUCGUACUGAAAAAGACAUGUAUUGUAUAUAUGACAGUCAAAUGUUGACAUUAUUUACGUCUUCUUUGUAUCUAGCUGCAUUAGUGUCAUCACUCGCAGCUAGCAAAGUCACUGCAACUAUGGGACGAAGAAACACCAUAAUGCUAGGUGGUGCUAUCUUUCUUGUUGGUGCUGCAAUCAAUGGUGGUUCUGAAAAUAUUGCCAUGCUCAUCUUUGGUCGUAUCCUUCUUGGUUUUGGGGUUGGAUUUACUUCUCAAGCGACUCCACUAUACCUUUCAGAAAUCGCUCCACCCAAAUGGCGAGGUGGUUUCAACACAGGCUAUGAAUUCUUUAUCGGAAUUGGUGUGGUGGCAGCAAAUUGCAUAAAUUAUGCCACUGCCAAGCACACGUGGGGAUGGCGACUCUCUCUUGGACUAGCAGUGGUGCCUGCAGCUGUGAUGACAAUUGGAGCCUUCCUUAUAACUGACACACCUAGCAGCUUGGUUGAGCGUGGACAUAUAGACCAAGCCAGAAAAUCAUUGCAGAAAAUCAGAGGAUCCUCCAUCGAUAUUGAACCCGAGUUAGAAGAACUGACUAAGUGGACACAAAUUGCAAAAUCAGUACAACAAGAGUCAUUUAUGACCAUAUUUGAGAGACAAUAUCGACCUCAAUUGAUUAUGGCAUUUGCAAUUCCAUUUUUCCAACAACUUACGGGGAUCAACAUUGUUGCUUUCUACGCACCUAACCUCUUUCAAUCUGUUGGUUUGGGAAACAAUGGUGCUUUACUUUCUGCCAUAAUUCUUGGACUAGUCAACCUCGCCUCUAUACUAGUCUCCACUGCUUUUGUUGAUCGGUUUGGUCGAAGAUUCUUGUUCAUUUUGGGUGGAAUUCUAAUGUUGAUUUGUCUGAUUGCAGUUUCUGCAUUGUUAGCUUUGGUGACUGGUGUUGAUGGUACAAAGGACAUAUCAAAGGCAAAUGCAAUAUUGGUAUUGGUGUUACUAUGUUUCUACACUGCUGGUUUUGCUUCUUCUUGGGGCCCACUUGCCUGGCUAAUUCCAAGUGAAAUUUUCCCAUUAAAAAUCAGAACAACUGGACAAAGCAUAGCUGUUGGUGUGCAAUUCAUAUGCUUGUUUGUGUUAUCACAAACAUUCUUGACAAUGUUUUGUCACUUUAAGUUUGGUGCUUUCUUGUUCUAUGCAUUUUGGGUUGCAGUGAUGACUCUAUUUAUUAUUUUCUUCUUACCUGAGACCAAAGGAAUUGCUUUGGAGUCAAUGUACAUCAUAUGGGGCAAACAUUGGUUUUGGAAGCGGUUUGUUAAAGAAGAAGUUGACAAGAACAAUCUUCCAUGAUGCUAUGAUCACUUAAUUCUUGUAAAGUUAUUUGAAGCAAAUCAAAACAUGAUAAUUGUUGGUUCUACUAGGUAUCAUUAUAGGUUUUGUGAAAAUUUAUACCAAAAUAAAUGCUUGAAAGAUCACACUAGUGUAAUAUAGUAGGACGAGACUUAUAUAAAUAAUAAUUUAGAUGGGCAAUAGUUAAUAUGCAUAAGCCUUUUCUUAUGUAUGGUGCAUAAGUCAUUCACAGCCAUCAGAUGAUUUUACACAUGUAAUAAUCAUAACUAAAUAACUUUAUAUUUUUGCUUGCUCAA